AUGUGGCAGAUCAUCUAUCGCGAAAUAAAAUCACAUUUCGAAAACCCCGACCCAGUGUCCCAGUCAACAAAUACUUCGGCCAAAUCAACACCUACGCACCACCACCUUCCCUCCAACAGAUUACCCCCGAAGACAACCAUUUCGAACCUCAGCAUACAGUACGAGAAAUCUCCAGCGGCCGGUCCUACUACUCUUACCAGACCCCCACCAACCCCGCUACCUCAACCGCUACCGUCGCAGCAAGCCGGCUCUCCUCACCCUCUCCAAUUGGCACAGACUGCUACUUCUCCACCUCAACUCCAAAAACCGACCUACGCCUCGGUCAUCCAACAUGCACCCACAUCUUUAGCGCAACCGACACCUAAAACUCACCAACCCGCACCUACCCUCAAAUUCACACUCACAAUCGAAGAUCUUCAUCGUCGUUUUCACAAUAAACCGCCACCGUUCAAGGACGACAAGAAAACCAGGAAACAUCCGGCUAAUCGAGCCCGCAACAAACCAGCUUCGGCAACACAUUCUUUAGCCAGAUUCUUACACUCAGCAUUGCCCGCAUUCUCGCGGUUCCUAUCAGAAAUGCAGCCAAAUCCGGACAGUCGCUAUCCGUCUCACUUGAGAUUUCACAGCAGCCGCGCCAUGAAGGCAGCCUAA